AUGAGUGAGGAGGUGGAGGAGGUGCAGCUGUCUGAGGGGCUGCAGGAGGAGGAGGUGGAGCAACAACAGGUGGAGGAGAACGAGGAGUCACAGGCAGAUAAAGUACAAGAAGAGGUGCAGCAGCAGAUUGAGGAGUAUCACCGGCAGGAGGUAGAGCAAAAGACUGAGGAGGUGCAGCUGCAGGCUGAGGAGGUGCGGGACAAGAUUCAGCAAGCUGCGCAAGAGCAACAACAGCCUGAGGAGGUGCAGCUGCAGCAGGAGGAGGAGCACCAGACUGAAGACGUGCAACUGCAGACUGAAGAGCUGCAGGAGGAGGUGCAAGACUUUGUGAACAAUCUGGAACAGAAUCAAAACCAGCAGGUCCUGAUUCGACUCAGAGAAAUGCAGAAGUAUAAAAGUACAUCACAGAGGCUGAAGGGGAUUCUGGAGCAAAUUGACCAUGGUGCUGUUGUUGACUUACAAGAACUCAAAAGGACCCUGGAGCUUGCAGUUAUGAUGUUGGACUCUGUUUGCACUGAUGAGACCAGGUGGGCGUUCUGUUGGGACACUGAGGAUGAACUUAGUGACCUGCAAGCAGAGUCUGUUCCCAGUGAAGUGCGUGAUUGGCUGGCAUGUACCUUCAGCAGUAAGAUGGGUGUGGCCAAACGUCGUCCGGAGGAGAAACCAAGGUUCAGAAGCAUUGUCCAUGCAGUGCAGGCUGGGAUAUUUGUUGAAAGGAUGUACCGCAGGACCUCCAACAUGGCUGGUCUCACCUACCCCGCCAUGGCUCUGACAGUACUGAAGGAAGUGGAUCAAUGGUCAUUUGAUGUUUUUACCUUCCAUGAGGCCACUGGGGACCACGCCCUCAAGUUCCUUGUCUAUGACCUGCUGACUCGCUAUGACCUCAUCAACAGGUUCAGGAUUCCAGUGCAGGCUCUGGUGCAGUUUGUUGAAGCGCUGGAGAAUGGCUACAGCAAACACAGAAACCCUUACCACAACCUGAUCCAUGCUGCUGAUGUCACCCAGACAGCCCACUUUCUGAUGCUGCACACAGGACUAAUGCACUGGCUCAGCGAGUUGGAGAUUCUUGCAAUGGUUUUUGCUGCAGCAGUUCAUGAUUUUGAACACACAGGAACAACCAACAACUUCCACAUCCACACCAGGUCAGAGGUGGCCAUUCUGUACAAUGAUAGAUCGGUUCUGGAGAACCAUCAUGUUUGUGCCGCCUACAAGUUGAUGGCAGAGGAUGACAUGAACAUCCUGGUCAACCUAAACAAAGAAGACUGGAGGGAGCUAAGGUCUCUGGUGAUUGAAAUGGUAAUGGCCACAGAUAUGUCCUGUCACUUUCAGCAGAUCAAAAUCAUGAGGAACGCUGUGACACAGACACCCAGUGUAGAUAAAGUGAAGGUUUUGUCUCUGAUGCUUCACGCUGCAGACAUCAGUCAUCCAGCCAAAGCCUGGCCACUGCACGAACGCUGGACUCAUAGUUUGAUGGAGGAGUUUUUUAGACAGGGAGAUAAAGAGGUGGAACUUGGACUUCCUUUCUCUCCUCUCUGCGACCGCAAGGCCACCAUGAUUGCCCAGUCACAAAUAGGUUUCAUAGACUUUAUAGUGGAACCGACCUUCAGCGUUUUGAUUGACACAACAGAGAAAGUUAUUGGACCACUGAUAGAAGAAGAGAGGAAGGCCAGAGAGACUGGAAACAGGAGGUCCAGUCUAACAGGAACAGGCUCAGUCACAGUGGAGGCAGUGCAACGACAUAGUAGUAGUCGUCAUGGAAACAGUGAUGAUGGACAGAUGGACUUCUCCUUGACAGCCAUCAGCCUACCUGCUCUGAAGCACCAGUUCUCCAGCAUUAUUGGAAGUAAUAAGGACAGGUGGAAGGAGCUUUCCUUACAUGAGGUGGCUGAUAAAGAGAAAGAAGGAGAUGCAGGUGUGGAGUCUAACAUCACCUUUGACAUCCAAUCACAUACAUCACCCAACAACAAUCCAGACCAGUCACAGAGCUCAGAUGCUUCUCCACCUGAUGGUGCAGGAGAUGGGUUAUCAGACUGUAAGCCUGUUGGCCCUGUGACCUGUAAUGGUGCAGGGCCAAUAGAAGAGGAAGAGCAGAAUGAAGUACCCGCAGAUCCCUGAUGAUGUUCUGUAUCUUAAUCUGAAACAUUGCCAUGACAACAUGAGGCGCAAUGCUGUGAUAUGGGUUCGGACACUUCUGUUUUAUUGCAGCAGCUGACUCAUCUCCACAAUGGCCCCCAAAGGGUCCCCAGACCUUAUGUUUACAACUACCCAUGAACAUAUCAAAAUGAGAGCAUAUUUGUAAGGUAACAGCUUAAUUCACAGUGAUGGUUCCAUUUGAAAGUGCUUCAUUAUGUUAUUACAGACUCUGCAAAGAGGAAUCAUCUCUGUUCACUGGAUGGAAAAGUUGAACAAGUGUAGACUCGAGAUCAGCAUGUCUAAUGCAUGCCAUUUACAUAUUUGUAUAUUUAUAAGAGAUAUUUAAAUAUAUGUUUAAAUAUCUUAUGUCAUGGAAUAUAAUGAAGCAGCACUG